GCGCCAUGUGUCCUCUCUCUCUCUCUCUCUCUCUCUCUCUGUGAGACUGCGAGACAAAGCGAGACAGAGCUAGACUUUCCGACUCACUUGUUGUGCCCCAAGCCAUUCUUCUAUCGACUCACACAGCCAAUUUAAACGCAAAAAUUUAAACCCAGCUAUAGAACAAACAGAGUGUGGAAUCGCAAAAUUACAAAUGAGGACACUUGUUUCGCGCUUGAUCCAUUCUAGAUCAUCAAUUCCCAGACUCUAUACAAUGUCUGCAUCCAACAAUGGGAGAUAUCUGUCAACAGACUCUAAGGUUGAUGAACCUUUUAAAGUUGAGGAAGCAGAAACAGUUCAUGUUCCACCUCCUCCAACAGAGAAGUUACUUGUGUUGGGUGGAAAUGGAUUUGUUGGCUCACAUAUUUGUAGAGAAGCUUUAGAUCGUGGUUUAUCUGUUGCAAGUAUAAGCAGAUCUGGUAGGUCAUCUAAACAUGAUCCUUGGGCUAAUAAUGUGACUUGGCAUCAAGGAAAUCUCCUAUCACCUGGUUCAUGGGAGGAUGCUCUGACUGGUGUCACUGCUGUUAUAUCCUGUGUUGGUGGUUUUGGCUCCAAUUCUUACAUGUAUAAGAUCAAUGGUACGGCAAACAUCAACGCUAUUAGGGCGGCUUCAGACAAAGGUGUAAAAAGGUUUGUCUAUAUCUCUGCUGCUGAUUUUGGGGUGGCAAAUUAUAUUCUACAAGGAUAUUAUGAUGGAAAGAGAGCUGCUGAAGCAGAGUUGCUAAUUAAAUACCCUUAUGGAGGAGUAAUUCUGAGGCCUGGAUUCAUUUAUGGGACACGUAAUGUUGGAAGCGUGAAAUUACCUCUUGGUGUGAUUGGUUCUCCACUAGAGAUGGUUCUUCAACACACAAGACCUUUGAACCAACUGCCAUUCGUUGGGCCGCUGUUUACUCCUCCAGUCAAUGUUACUGCGGUGGCGAAGGUUGCUGUUAGAGCUGCAACUGAUCCUGUGUUUCCUCCCGGCGUCAUAGAUAUCUAUGGGAUUCAACGAUAUAGCCAGCAAAAGUCUAAGUAGAUACCUUAAGUCUUCUCUUUUCUUUUUGUUUUGGUCAGCUUUGAGCUGUCAGAAAUUUUUUUUUUAACCAUUAUUGAAAUGGAGGUCCUUCUUGUCUGAUAUUGGUAACUGGUAUCAUAAAAAUUUAAACUUUGUUAGGGCACUUUAGUGUAAUAAUGUUUGCCAAAUUUUUAUAUGAUAUGCUGGUUUGAUCAUUCUUUCUGAUAAAUGAUCAACUUGUUAAAUUUAGGUGACAUCAUAUGAAUCUACUAUCAUCUUUUACUA